AUGAAUCUCUUAGCUUGGAACUGCCGGGGGCUUGGGAACCGCCGUGCAGUUGAUGAGCUUGGUGAUUUAAUCCAAGCAACAGAUCCCGGGAUAGUUUUUCUAUCGGAAACAUGGUCGACAAAAGAACAAAUGAAGGGAGUUCGAGAUAAGUUUAAGUUUGAUGGGUUAUUUACUGUUUCUAAUGAGAGUAGGGGAGGGGGUUUGGCUAUGUUAUGGAAGGGGAGUACAAAUGUAUGGGUUGAUAGUUUUUCAAGUUAUCAUAUUGAUGUUAUUGUUAAUGGAGGAUCUGAGAAUGCAUGGAGGCUUACAGGGUUUUAUGGUGAGCCUGAUACAAGUAUUAGGAAUGAAGGGUGGAAUAUGUUAAGGAUGCUAAGUUCCAAACCAAGGCUGCCAUGGUGUUGUUUUGGUGAUUUUAAUGAACUACUACAGCUACAGGAAAAGAGGGGUGGACCACCAAGGGCUCAUAGUCUUAUGCAGAGUUUCAGGGACAUUCUUGACCUUUGUGGAUUUGUGGAUUUGGGGUUUUCAGGUCCAGAGUUUACAUGGCAUGGUCGUCAUAGAGGGGAGUUGAUUUGGGAACGACUAGAUCCGGGUGUGGCCAACUAUGAGUGGUUGGCAAGGUUUCCUACAGGUAGAAUUAAACACUUGCAUUGUUUUACCUCUGAUCAUCGUCCAAUUCUCCUUUCUUUAGAUUCAAAUGGUGAAAAUCAACGGUGGAAGAGAAAGCCAUUCCGUUUUGAGGCAAUGUGGUUGUCCGAUCCAGAGUGCAAGGGGGUUGUUUCAACUGCAUGGGCAUGUAAUCCUGAAGGUACACCAAUGGUAGUGGCAACUAAGAAAAUUAAGAAGUGCAAAAAGAUGCUAAAGACCUGGAAUAGAGACCAUUUUGGGAGUGUUUUGCAGAAAAUUAAAAAAACUAAGGAGCUGUUAUGGGUGGCAGAAGAGGUCUCGGUCAGAACUGGGUGCUUGGAAGAGGUGAAUCGUUUGAAGAAGGAGGUGAAUGUCUUAUAUGAUAGAGAGGAAAGAAUGUGGCAGCAACGGUCUAGGCUUCAAUGGUUGCAAAGCGGGGAUCAAAACACGAAGUUUUUUCAUGGUACGGCUACCGGGAGAAAACAAAGAAAUUUCAUAAAAGGGCUUAGGGAUGCAGAUGGUAUAUGGUGUGAAGAUGAGGAUAUUUUUUCGGGUUGGUUUACUACCUAUUAUGCAGAUUUGUUUAAAUCAUCGAACCCACAUGAUUUGGAUAGAGUGUUAGACGGUGUACAACGUGUAGUGAGUGAAGAGAUGCAAGCUAACUUGGCUAGGCCUUAUAUGGUGGAGGAGGUUGAGCAUGCAAUUAAAGAGAUGGCUCCUUUAAAAGCCCUGAAAGAGUGA